AAGUAGUAAAAGGGGGGGACAUCUGUGGCGGAGGAGAAGGGAAAGGUUUUUAGAAGAAGCCUUUGGUAGAGUGUUUGCUUUGGCUGGGUUCCCUGCUUUUAUUUACUGAAUUCCAGAGGUGACCAAUACACAAAAGAAAUUUUUAAAAAAAAAUGAAGAUCAUCAUUGGCAUCGGAGGAGUGACCAACGGUGGGAAGACCACUUUGACAAAUAGACUACUAAAGACAUUACCCAACUGUUGUGUGGUACAUCAGGAUGACUUUUUCAAGAAACCCGAUCAAAUAGAAGUCGGGGAGGACGGCUUUAGACAGUGGGAUGUGAUCACUGCUCUGGACAUGGAGGCUAUGAUCAACACUGUCAAAGGCUGGCAGGAGAACCCUGUCAAGUUUGCCCGCUCUCACGGCAUCAGUCUGUCACCUGAAGCUGAGGAAUCCGACUCAGAGGACAAGGGAGUCCAUAUUCUCAUCGUGGAGGGGUUCCUCAUCUACAACUACAAGCCUCUUAUUGACGUCUAUGACAAAUGUUUCUACAUUUCCAUUCCCUAUGAGGAGUGCAAAAGGAGGAGAAGUACGAGGACAUACACAGUCCCUGACCCCCCCGGCCUGUUCGAUGGCCACGUCUGGCCCAUGUACUUGAAGCACAGAAAAGAGAUGGAGGACAACUGCGACAGAAUAGAGUACCUUGAUGGAAUGACAUCAAAGGAGAACAUCUACAAUACAGUGUACGAAAGCGUUCAGAACUGUCUGCUGAACAAGUUAUAGCCGGACGGGGCUCACAGCAGAUUUGUGUAUAGACUUGUAAAUAUGAUUCUGAGUGAACGUGUAACACCAGUUCUGUUCUUCUAGCCUGAUUUGUAAAUAGGAAAUCAUGUAACUUAUUAAGAACUAAUGACAGAAGUGUUGUGUUUUGUAUGAUCCUAUGUAACUUUUUCUAAAAGAUAAGCCACCUCUGGACUGCCCAGUGCGUAACACCUGUAACGGAUCUGAUCUCUGAUCUUGUUGCAUGUCAAAGUAUAAAAUGCCCACUGGGAGGAAGGAUUUGUGUCUCACAACUCAAAGAAAUGACUCAAUCCAC